AUGAAUUCUCUUCGGCUUCUCGGCCGCGCAGUGCCCAAAUCGGCGUCCUUCCGACCCAUCUCAUCUCGCUGCUACUCAAUCGCAUCGAGAGCGUCGCCACGGCCGUCGUGGCAGCCAGUCAAGAAGCUCACAUAUCCGUCAUUCUCGACAUCGAUAGCACGGAGAGAACCUGCCGGCGACAAUGAUCAAGUUCUAGCUGAGAAGUUUCAAAGCGAGUACGAGCUCGAGCGCCAGACCAGCGAUCCGGAAUCAGAGCCCGCCGAGAUCGAGAAUUUCAAGGCCAAAGGCAUCUGGGAGAUCACUGGCAGGCCGGGCACGAAUGAGAUUAUACUCAAAAGAGAAUUCGGCAACGAAACAAUCAAAGUCGAGGUGUCGGUCCUGAGCAUGUUCGACUACAACGACUCGGCCGCCGAAGAGCUGUUCGAUGAAGAAGAAGAUAGCGCUUUGGGCGACGAAGACUUCUACGAUCAACCGAAGCGGACAAUAAAUCAGUCAGGUGCACGAGGAGGCGCCAUCGAUGUCGCGCCGGAGGACUCCAUUGCGCCUGCCGAUCGCGAAGGAGAAGCUGCGGACGAAGCACCCCGUCCAUCAUAUCCCAUCGAUCUCGACAUCACAAUCUCGAAGCCGGACAAGACGAGCAUCGAACUUGUCGCGAGAGCCACGGAUGGCACGAUCGAGAUUGAGAGACUCCGCUAUGUGUCUGACCCUCCUGCCGAUGACGACCACACCACUCCCUACGCCGGACCUCCGUUCACCAACCUCGACUCGGAUCUGAGCGUCAUGUUGGAGCAGUACAUCGCUGAACGUGGCAUCAACGAAGAGCUCGCGCAGAUGCUGCCCGUCAUCAUCGAGCACAAGGAACAGAAAGAAUAUGUUGAAUGGCUGCAAAAUAUGCAAAAGUUCAUCUCAGCAUAA